AUGGUUUUUGUCAAAGAGCCAGAAGUCAGGUUGGUUGGUGGUUCUCGCUGCUCAGGGAGGUUAGAGAUACUUCAUGAUCAGAUGUGGAUGUCAGUGUGUGACGCUGCCUUUGACCAGCAGGAUGCAGAGGUUGUGUGUAGAGAGCUGGACUGUGGGGCUCCUGUACAGGUGCUGGGAGCAGCUGCUUUUGACAAAGGAGACACUCAGAUGUGGACACAAGAGAUUCAGUGCCGAGGAAAUGAAUCUCCGAUUCACCUCUGUCCAACAUCCCUUUAUAAAAACCAUUGUUCAGAUGAUAAUUUCCAGGGGCUGUUCUGUGCUGAUAGAAAGAAUGUGAGGUUGGUUGAUGGUAGCAGUCCUUGUGCUGGUAGAGUGGAGGUUCUUCAUAGAGGUCAGUGGGGAACAGUGUGUGGUGAUUUCUGGGAUUUGGCUGAUGCUGCAGUGGUGUGUAGAGAGCUGGACUGUGGAGAACCUGUAGAUGCUCUGGAUGCUUACUUCGGACCAGGAUGAAGACCAGUCUUAAUGAAAAUUGCAAUUUGUACUGGAACAGAGUCUACACUUAAGAAAUGUGGAUCCAUACAAUUGCCUGACACAUGUCUUGAUAAGAGUGCUCAAGUCAUAUGUUCAGAAGUCAGACUGGUUGGAGGUUCUCGCUGCUUUGGGAGGUUAGAGAUACUUCAUGAUCAGACGUGGAUGUCAGUGUGUGACGCUGCCUUUGACCAGCAGGAUGCAGAGGUUGUGUGUAGAGAGCUGGACUGUGGGGCUCCUGUACAGGUGCUGGGAGCAGCUACUUUUGGCAAAGGAUGCACUCCGAUGUGGAAACACGAGAUUCAGUGCAGAGGAAAUGAAUCAUACUUUGAAUUCUGUUAUACAGACCAGCAGGAUGCAGAGGUUGUGUGUAGAGAGCUGGACUGUGGGGCUCCUGUACAGGUGCUGGGAGCAGCUGCUUUUGGCAAAGGAGUCACUCAGAUGUGGACACAAGAGAUUCGGUGCAGAGGAAAUGAGUCUCAGAUUCACCUCUGUCCAACUAACUCCUCACACAAACAUAGCUGUUCACAUGAAUACAGUGUUGGACUAGUGUGUGCAGGUUUGAGUGUUUUCUUUUAA